GACUUUAAUAGCAGAGCUCUUCAGAAAUGGGUCCAGAGGGGAAGAAGCUCCUGAACAUCGUCAUCCUGGGUUUAGGCUUCAUGUUCAUGUUCACAGCGUUUCAAACAUGUGGAAACAUCGAGCAAACCAUCAUAAAAAGCUUCAACAGCUCAGAGUUUCAUGGGAGCGGUUACACAAGCAUGGCCAUCAUUUAUGGGGUUUUCUCUGCCUCCAACCUGAUGGCGCCCUCUGUGGUGACAGUGAUCGGGCCGCAGCUCUCCAUGUUUGUCAGUGGUCUGAUCUACAG